UCUGAGGUCGGUAAAAUGAGGACACAGAUUGUUGGGCGGCAUCUCUCUAAACUGCUUAGAGAGGGCUGGAAAGCACCGCGAAGCGGUACAUAAGUGCUGUUUCUAUUUAUCGCAGACAGAGGCUGCUUCCCAGCAGAUACACAGCCACUUAAGGCCUUUCUCUGUAUCCAAGGUGUAUUCCCGAUAGCAAUGGUUUCCACUAAUAAAAUGUCAUGUGUUCCUUAUUGAUAACCUUCUGUCUGCUGCUUUAUCAGACUACGCGUUCGUGCACAUGGAGAAAGACGAGGAUGCUAAAACCGCCAUUGAACACCUUAACGGAAGAGAAAUCAAGGGCAAAAGGAUUAACGUGGAACUUUCCAAUAAAGCUCAUAAAAGGGGGAUUGCAGGAUACAUUGGCCAGUUCGGCGGAGAUGAAAAGAACAAAAUACCCACUUUAGAGAAUCUGCAAGGCAGAUCCGGCAACCUUGCCUUCUCAAUGGGGAACCCGGCUUAUUCUUCACUUGACUAUGACUAUCAGCAGCGGAUGAACACUAAUACCAAAUUUGACUCAAAUGGCCAAGCCAGGCAGAUCUCCCCUUCUUUCUUCAGAAGAGACCGGAGCCCGCUAAGACGCUCACCCACCAGAGCAGGCUACGCACUUCCCAUGACCGGCCAGCAAGCUUCCUACAGAGACCAGCCUGCAGCAUCGCUUGGGAUGGCCUACAGGCCUCAACCUACCACUGGGCAGGCGGCCAUGUACCGAGCCCAGCCCUCCACCAUGCUGUCAAAUGCCUACAGAGCCCAGCCCUCUGUGGCCAAUAGUCAGGUGGCAGCCUCGGCAUUAACAUCCUAUAAUACCCAAGGCUAUGGAACCCAGGCCGCUGCUUCCCAAGCUGCCACUUACGAAGCCCAGCCCUCCACAACGUACGCUGCCGCCGCCGCUGCUUAUAGCGCCCAGACCGCGGCCUCCUACGCGGCCUACGGGGCCCAAGCAACUGCUCUCUCUGCUUCUUACGGAGCCCAGUCGGCAGCCAGCCAGUCAGCCUUGUACGCAGCUCACUCUCUUUCAGCCCAGCCUGCGUCCUAUGGAGUCCAGCCCGCCGUGGGCCAUGCUGCUUCCUACGGGACUCAGCCUUCAUCGUCCGCGAUACAGUCUGCUUACGGGACCCAGUCUGCAGCCAACCUGGCAGCUGCUUACAGCAUGCAGGAGGCCGCUGCGGCUGCUUACAAAACGCAGCUGUCUGCUUCGUUGCCCACAGCCUACAGAGCCCCAGCGGAAGCGGCCUAUGCAGUCCAGCAGUCUGCUUCUGCCCCCGUAGCAGCAGGGUAUAGGUCUCAGGCUUCAGCGUACAACGGGUUAACCCAGACCGGGCAGCAGGCAGCUUCCUAUGCGGGCAUGUCCCAGGCAGAAACUGCUGCUCUCCACCCACUCUAUGAACGCACACGUCUCUCCCCGCCACGCGGAAGCCGUGAGGAGCUCUACAGAAAAGCUGCUGCAAUGAACAAGAGGUACAGUACUGAUCUCUCAGAUGACCGCCGUUUAUCUGACUUCUCUGAUUUCCGCCGUUUAUCCGACUCCCCCCAUGCGUACCGCCACUCGCCAACAAAAGCUCAACUGGAUUAUCGCCGCCUCCCCGAAAUGCAGUCUGAUGCCCGUUACGCAGGUGCCUAUGGCGAUUACUUGCGUAACGCACAACUGCAGCUGCAUGCUAGUUACCAGCGCCGUCUGUAGAGGAAAUUUCCCCGCCUUCUGGGGUGGGACUCUGUUGCCAUGGCCUCCGCCGUUGUAACCCAUAAAUCCCAGCUGCUGCGUUCGAUUUCAGAAGACUCUUUUAGUCCUGACAUUUCUUGAUCAUGGGUGCCCUAGGCCACUUUAGCUAAACAUUUCUCUUUUUGUUGUUGUUGUUCUUCCUUACGCCAUGUAAAGGGUGUGCUAUUAGGUGAGUCGUAUAUGUGCUGCCCCAACGCGAGCAAUUUUAUUAAAAAUAUAUAUAUAUAUAUUGGGUGAUUGCCUUAACCUUGGCAUUCUGUUUGGCCCCAGAAGCAUCAAACAUUGGUGCACACGGGACCUCUUAAAACCAAAGUGGUGUGUGGGAAGGGGGGGUUGUUUUGCACCAAGAACGACGAUCACUUCAACUGCUUCAGUCUGGCCUUUCUCGAGUUCCCACCCAAUGAAAAAAUAAUUCCACCUGGUUAAGCUUUCAUUUAAUGAUGGGAGAAUCACCUUUUCAAAUCGGCUCAUUUGCUUUUAUGUAACGGCAUCCUUCCUUGAUUUAUGACAGCCUAGGCUGGGCAGGUAAACUUUUAUGUUAGAAGUGAGUUUAGAUAAUUUUGGGGAGGGGGGGGUGUAUUACUGUAAAUAAAAUGAACUCAUUGACAUUUUA